AUGCGACGCCUGUUUGGCUUUGGCAGGAAGAAGGACCACCAAGACAAGGACAAUGCCAAAAAACCCUCUGCCUCUUCUGCUGCUCAGGCUCAAGGUCAUGGUCUCGUCGCACCCGCCGCGACGACGACGCCCAACAAGCUGAGCAGCGCGAGGCCCGUCUCGCCCGCCACGUCGCCACCGGCCGACUCGCGGGCCCAACUUGUCAGCACGCCCCAGAGCAGUCCGCGGGUGUACGCGUCGUCGGCGGCGUCGCCGGACGCGCGGUACCGCUCGUCGUCGCCGCGCCUGCACUCGCCCGCCUCGUCGCAAAUCUUCGAGCGCAACGUGCAAGAAUCCAGCGUGUCGGGAGGCGAACUGUCGCCGGCGAUCCCCUCGCACAUCCAGACCGAGGACCACAUCCCGCCGGUGCUCGAGGCGUCGGCGCAGGCCAUUACCGACGACCACCUGAACCCGGACGAGGUCGAGAUCGUCAUGCACUCGGCGCACCAGCCAGCGGUGCACAGCAUAGCGGCCUCGACAGCCUCGACCGAGGCCGUCAACUCGCCCACCAUCGACGAGGUGGCCUCGCACCACGAGACGGACGACGGCGCAAGCAACUACGGUGCCCUCGACAAGGACGACAUCCGCCGCCUGAGCUUCAUCUCCUUUGCCGACGUCGUGCAGGCCGAGCACGCCGAGACGGGCGGCGGUGGCCGCGACUCGAUGCACCACACGAGCGUGUCGAACCGGUCGCCGUCGCCGGUGCGGUCGCCUGCCUCGUCGCGCGGCGGAAUGGGCACGUCUCCGCCCACCAGCGGCGCGCCCUCGAUCAAGGGUGGCGCCGACCCCUCGUCCAAACGCCCCCCUGCCAGCCCUACCGCCAGCCAGGGCGCGUGCUCCCCGCCUACCAGCAGCUCGGGUGGCGGCGAACUCAUGGUCGAGACGAUGCGUCAGGCCCUGCGCAAGACGGGCAGCGGCGACCUGAGCACCGCGCGCAGUCCCAGCCAACCGUUGAGCGCCGUCAGCGCCGACGACGCGGACUGUCUGCCAUUCAGAUGA